AUGGAGGCGGGAGUAGUACAUUUGAAAAAGGCGAUGAUAAAGGAAGAGCUGUCGGAUGAGAUAGAACCUGAAGGCAGCGUCAAACUGGAAGCUGAGGAAGAGGACGACGACUCGCCUGCCUCCGACUCUGGACUGACGCCUAUCAGUCAGCAAGGUCGAAGAGUCUUCUACGACGACCAGUGCUACGAAUAUCGGUUCUGCAACGCGAUCCGCGACGCACAUAAUGUUGGUCGUCGCGACAUAGCGAUUCGCUGCACCGAACGACAUUGCAAAGGAAAAGCAUAUUGUCUGCGCUCCGAAGAAAUCAUCCAGAAGAACGCGCACGAUCCGCCGCAUGCACCGCCCUUCGGAAAAAAGGAACGCCGCGAGGCAAUCGGUUUGCUCAAGCUGGAACGUUUGAAUGGAGUCGCGGCGGAAGACGCCGUCCGGAAGAUCAUUGUUAGCCUUCCUUCGGCAAUCCUUCCAUCUCGAUCCGCGCUCCGACGCAUGGCCCACAGGGUCCAUCCAGCGGACAAUCAUACAGUCGGAGUAAGCGGAACGAUGGAUACUACGAUUAAAAAAGUCCUUUCUCGAACAAAUGGGAUGGCUGGAACCGGAAACGAUCAACACGCGUCGGUGGAAAUUACCGAGCACUCGAUGGGGAACAGUCCUCAUUCUGAAUCGGCUUCGAAGUUGACCGAGCACAAAGAGCUACCCGGCGACGAAAAAAAAGCUCCUUGUUCAAUUAUCAAUAGGCUAGUUUAUGAUAUUUUUCUUCAUUUAUUCAUUAAAUUUUUUUGAAAGUCAAUCUCGAAGACUUUGCAAUGAUUCGGAGUUCAAUUUCUAUUUUCUUUAGUAUACCUUCUGUGGACGUUUUCCAACAAAAAAAAAAUUCUCGUUUUCAAGUUGAACCACAUCAUCGAAUAAGUAUGUUAUUUGAAGAAAAAUAAUCUCUCGGCCCAUUGUGAUGAGUCAGACGUCAUCUUCGAACGGAGAAGUUCUACUCAACAGAAAACUUUCCAUCGUGCGAAGUCCACAAUCCAUACGUGCGAUUCCUUACCAAAGAGAGGGUAAAAAAACUUUUUUAAAUUGAUAUAUUUCCAAAAAAAUUAUUCUGAAAAGCUUUAUUUAUAUAGUUAAAGUUUAAAAAUUUUUCUGAAAUGUUCAGAUAAUUUUUUUAUAUAUUGAAAAAGGAAAAAUCAUUAGAAAAAAAAAUCUUAGUUUGAACAGAAUGGCUUUUGAGUUGUACUAUCAUCGACCAGCUGUAUCAAUUUCAAACAGGUAUCAAAAAUUAAAGAACUCUGCUCAAAGUUAUUUAGUUGGACCAGUAAUAAUAAUAUAAUUUAUUUACAGUAGUGCCCUUGAAAAAAACGGAAAUUGUUUUUUUCAUGCUUAAAAAGUUUGACUUCUUUAGACUUUCGAAGGACUGUUACAGCGAAGCCAGUUUCUAUAGGAAAUCCCAGAGCCGACGCUUUAGGUAUGGUUUUUUAAAAAGAUUUUCUUAAAGUUCCUUGAAUUUUUAUAUAAUAAAAAUCUUAUUCUUAUCUGGUUUUUUCUAGUUUUCAUAUUCUUAAAGUUCACUGAAUGUACUUUAUUGAACAUUGGAAUGUUUUCUUGAAUUAUACAAUUUUUUUUCAAAUGAAAAUGAUCUUUCGGAGAUACUGAAUGCAGAAAAGUAGUAUUACAAUAUUUGCAGGCGUAUUUGCCUACUUUUAUUCUAUUUUUGUCAAAAAAUCGUUUCAAAAGUGAACUCUUUCAAUAAAAUCUCAAUUAGGUAAUAUAAUGUAUCGGUUUUUUUUUCUCCGAAGAAGAUGUUCAUUUACAGCAGAACUCGUCCGACAUCAAGCUGAUUUUUUGAUCCGCAACAAGAUGGAGAGCAAAUUCAACGAAUUAUGGUCCGGUAUUAUCGAAUGCGUCGACAAAUCCAAUAAGUGA